AUGCAAUCUCUGCUACUUUUUAGUUCCCUUCCUAACAGCUGGGAAACACUCGUUGUUACACUCAGCAAUUCUGCCUCAAACGACAAACUUUCCAUGUCCGUUUUCAAGGAUGCCUUAUUCAAUGAAGAGGCAAGAAGGAAAGAUAUGGGCAUAAAUCAGACUCAUGCCCUUGUAAUGGAGAAUCGAGGAAGACCACAAGACAAGCAACAAAGAAGCUGUAGAAAGAAGAGCAUGUGUAGAAGGAAGGGGAGGCAAUCAGAUGAUCAAAGAUCACAUGUGUGCUAUCUGUAUGGUCUAGAAGGUCAUAUGAAGAAGAAUUGCUAUAAAUGGCUCGAGGAGCAGUGCAAGAGCAAUUUUCAGCUGAAGAAUAGUUCUCAGCAGAAGAACAAGGGCAAGGGUGGUGAAACUUUCAUCACUGUCUCAGGUGAUGUAGCAUAUUGCUCUAACCAUGGAAAGAAGCUGAAAUGUCUCAUAUCUGAUAAUGGAGGCGAGUAUACUUCCAAGGAGUUCAACGCAUAUUGCAGGACAUAUGGCAUUCGACAUGAAAAGGGGGGCCAUUUCUUGGAAAUCAAGAUUGCAGAAGUGUGUUGA